UGGAAGAAUGUAGUUUUUGAUUUCCAAACUACUACAAUUGAAGAGUAUUUAGAAGUAAAUGGAACGCAAACGUUUGGUUUCAUUGUUAUGUCGCAUUCUGCUUAUCACUUCAAAGAUGUUGAAACAACUGUAGUAGACUUGUAUAACCGUCUGGUGAAAGGGGGAAUGCUGUUUUCCAAGAUGAUUGAUGGCGGAUGGGAAAAGUUUUCAGUGAAAGUUGGAGAGCAUUUCACAGAUACAAAGUUACACUUCAUUGGAACUCACUUCAUAGAGGAUGUCAUCAAACUCCGAUUUCCAAAUGCCAGAUAUGAAACUAAAAAGAGGGAAUAUACGGUGGACAUGGUUGAUUCUUUUGACGAAGAAUCUCAAGCUGGUGCAUACCUAAUUGAUUUCAUAACACUCGUUUACAAGUUUCGAGAAACCUGUAAACCUGAAAUAAAAAAGAAAUUAUUAGAAUAUCUGGUUGAGUGUUGUCGGAAAGAAGGGGAUAAGAUUUUAUUAAGUACUGAUGAAAGAGAUUUAGUCAUCUUCAAAGAUUGA